AUGUUAAAUGAUCAUUUCCUGAAGUCUAAUUUAAUGGAGGUGGGGAGCUGUGGGGAAAAGAGCAGUUCAGGAGAACAGCAGAAGCCUGAGCUCACUAGCUCCAGUCAGCAGCCCUCUUCGAACCUCAGUUCCCUGCUCUGCAGACUGAGGAGCGCCCCAGCCCGGACAGACUGGGCGGAGGUACAGCCGCAGCUCUCUAUUGGCUCCCGCGCGGGCCCCUGGACUUUCUAUAAAGCGCGGCUGCAGAAGGCGCGGCGGGCACUGGCUUGGAGCGCUAGUGCCAGUGGCUGCCUCCGCUCAGCCCACAGCGCCCGCCAGCAUCGGACAGACAGACUUCCGGACAGAUUGAAGGCAACAGACAGUGAGUCGGAACGAUCUCGGACUGGCCGAGGAGGAGCGGUGCUGGGGCAACGCCGGACGCUAUCCCCAGUUCGGAACAGGAGCUGCCUGCGCCAUAGCCAGGCGGCAGACCAUCUGGAACCAGCAGCGGUCGCCCGCCCUGCGCUGAGCUCCUGCGUGCAGAGCGCAGCCCUCCCAGAGCUCAGUGGAGGACGCCCUCCCCCUGGCGCUCUCAGACCCAGUAGUUUAAGGACCUCGCGGUCCUAUAAAGGCGUCAAGCUGGACGCCCCGACCACAGAACCGCCCCACGGGGCUUUCCUGAACCCAGGCACCAUGAGCUAUGGGGACGAGCUGACCCCCGAAGCUCUGAGUGUGCCCAGCGGUUUUGAUGACCUGAUCACCUCCACCACUUCCCAGGUGCUGCAGGCCUUGUCCAAAGCCGCAUCUGCCGUUGGCCAAGCUGGCCGCGAAGGCGUGCUUCCCAUUAAUAAACUGCCAGACAGCAUGGCAAACACGGGAGACCUGGCCGACGUGUCAGGUCCCAUAUCUUCGGAGAUGGUGUCCCAAGAUGAGCAGGUGCAGUUCUGGCUAGUGAUAGGGUACACCAUAGUGGUCUUUGCUGCCAUCCUAGGCAACUGGGUCUUAAAUCAUGUCAUUAUGAAAUACAAGAGGGUGCACACCGCUACCGGCCUCUUCGUCGUCAACAUCUCUGUGACCAACAUGAUGCUGGCUCUUCUCAGCUCCCCUUUCACCAUGGUGCGCUACCUAUGUAAUUCCUUGGUGUUUGGGAAGAUGACAUGUCACCUCAGUCGCUUUGCCCAGUAUUCUUGUGCCUAUGUAACUGUGAUGACCAUGGCUGCUAUUUCCCUGGACCGGCAUCGGGUGAUGUUAUAUCCUCUGAAGGCCCGAAUUACUCCAAUGCAAGGCAAUGUGUGCAUUAUUCUCAUCUGGAUUGUGAGCACCUGUGCUGCUUUGCCACAUGCCAUUUACCAGAAGCUUUACCAAGUGGAGAUUGGAAACAUAACUGAAGAAACUGCCUGCCUUCCUAGUUUCCCAUAUACUUCAAAAUCCACGUGGAAAUACCUUGAUCUGAGCACCUUUUUGCUUUUCUUCAUCCUGCCAUUGAUGGUGCUGGUGGUGGUGUAUGGUCAUGUGGCCAAGAAGCUGUGGAUCCAUAAUGCUGUUGAUGAUAUCAACAUCCACACCUACAUCUGCCAGCGUGGGAAGAAGAAGCAGACCCUAAAGAUGCUGAUGAUAGUGGUGCUUGUCUACACAAUCAGCUGGCUCCCCCUCAAUCUCUACUUGGUGCUGCUAUCCAGUGAAUCCAUUUCAAGCCACAAUAGUCUCUACUUCUUCCUCCAUUGGCUGGCAGUUAGCAGCUCCUGCUACAAUCCCUACAUCUAUUGCUGGCUCAGUGAUAGCUUCCGGAUUGAAGUUCAGAAGGUCAUCAUGGAAAUCCAGAAGAUGCUGAUAGAUGGAAUCAGUCGCCUGAGGGGGGAGCACCGCAGGCUGAGCUCUGUCUCACCCACUCACCGCUCUGCCUGGGUGGAUCCCAAUCCAGGAGUUCCCAAAUUCCCGACAUUCAAAGAUUUUGAUGAGCUACCCAGUCCCCCUCCCUCCCCAGGGGUGGAAAUCUCCUUUCUCUAUCCACGAGUGCCUAGAGUUUAA